AAUUCUGAAAAUAAUCGUACGUGGACGUGCGCACUGGUCUUUCGUGAAUACAGCGUGCUCAUUUCAAUUGCGCAAUCGCCGUAAGCCGCGCCGGCGCAGUCUGGGGGGGUUCUGCUGCACUACUGGGCUGGCGCAUCGGGCUAGCUAGCUGAUUGCUUGAGAUGGAUGUGUUCUUAAUGAUCCGGCGUCACAAGACCACAAUCUUCACAGAUGCCAAGGAGUCCACCACAGUCUAUGAACUAAAGCGUAUUGUCGAGGGAAUUCUUAAGAGACCGCCCGAGGACCAGCGGCUCUACAAAGAUGACAAGUUGCUAGAGGACAGCAAAACUCUGGGUGACAGUGGAUUUACCAACCAGACCGCCAGACCACAAGCCCCAGCUACAGUUGGUCUGGCUUUCCGAAUCAACGAUGAGAUGUUUGAGCAGCUGCACAUCGAGGCCUUCUCCAGCCCCCCUGAACUCCCGGAUGUGAUGAAGCCUCAGGACUCGAGUAGCACUGCCAAUGAACAAGCUGUGCAGUGAUUGCCCAGAGUCCUGGAAGAACGUGUGUGUGUAUGUGGAUUAACUGCAUUGAAGAAAUAGUGGGUGGAGGAUAUGUAGUGUCAUUUCACUUGAUGGACGGGGACAUUAUGGGUAACCACUCGUGUCCAUGUUACCUUCAUGCUAUCACCGCAGCAGUCCCUCAUUUACUUCACACGUCAGGUCUUUUUUAUUUUAUUUUUUUUAGUACAUUUCCACUUUGGCUCUCCUCCUCCACUUUGGCUCCAAUCUCUUGAGUGGUUUUGAAAGUGUGAGUGAAUGUGCGUGCGUGUGUGUGAGACUUGUUAUAAUUAUUUUCAUUAAUAUUUUGGAAAAAGUGAAGGUGUAGUAGCGUAGAAGUCAAAUGCAUGGGUAAGCAGUGUGGUGUGUAAAUGGGGUUGGGGUGGGGGUGGGAACUGCAUGACCGAGAGGGCUUUAUCUUCACAUGUUAUAGUUUCCUUAUACGUCAUGUGGUACAUGUCUAAAAAAUACUUUUGUUCAAGUUAUUGUUGUCUUUUUGUGUCAUCACUGCGUCAGUUAUUUUGUUUCAUUUCCCCACCCGAGGCCAAAGCCAGGUACACCUCGGACCCAAGAGGAAAGUUAUUUUCGAAAGUCUUUCAAUCACAAGUCAUCCUUUUUAGCACCAUUGUAAGCCCCUGAAAACCACAUUACACCCUGUAACUGUGAGCUUGCUUAAUUAAAGGUUUUCCUUUUUA